AGAGGCAUUACGAUUGGCGAGCGAUAUAUAUGUAGGAUUAAUACUGAUAAAAUAUCAGCUGAAGCCACUGUCAACCGUGCCUUAAUCAGGAAUAAUGUGUUUUCAAUUCAAGCAGCUGCACCGAUGACAUAAACACAUUUUGUCAUUACUAUUCAUUUUACUCUAAGGAUUUUCCCUAUAGUUUGUGAUUGUGACAUAUUUUGACCACAGUUUUUUAAAUAGUGGAAGAUUGAAAAUGGUGGCGGAGACUUGUCAGAAAGUCUGUGAGCUUUGUCCGGGGGAGAAGAUUGGAACCUUUGUGGCCGUGGAUUAUGUUCUGUUCGCCCUUGUUUUAGUCGUCUCAGCUCUCAUCGGGGUCUUCUAUGUGAUUAAGGAGUUCCGGGCCGCUAAACAGAUGACGUCAGACGAUGUUCUCAUGGGAGGAAGGGAUAUUGGUAUUUUCCCCAUCGCCAUGUCCUUAAUGGCCAGCUUUAUGGGAGCCAUCACAGUGCUAGGGACCCCCACGGAGAUGUAUAACAAUAACACAAGCUACUGGAUCUCGGGCAUGGCCAUGCUGAUCACAGUGCCACUGACAAACCAUAUUUUCUUGCCAUUCUUCCACAAUUUGUCUUUAACGUCUGCGUACGAGUAUUUGGAGAGAAGAUUCAGUAAAUCAGUACGGGUUUUAGCUUCUGUGAUAUUUACAUUAAACAUGCUUUUAUAUAUGGGCGUGGUACUAUAUGCUCCAUCCUUAGCCCUAAAUCAAGUUACGGGUCUGAAAUUGGAAUUCUCAAUCACAAUAAUUGGACUCGUUUGUACGUUUUAUACUGCUUUGGGUGGGCUCCGUGCAGUGGUGUGGACGGACACCUUCCAAACAUUCGUCGUUAUAGCGGGGCUGAUCGCCAUCAUCGCUCAAGGUUCCAUAGACCUGGGUGGAUUUGGGAAUAUCUGGAAGAUCGCGAACAACGGCAAUCGUAUUUUCUUCAUUGAUUGGAGUGGAGAUCCUACAACUCGACAUUCUAUUUGGUCUCUUGUAAUUGGUUCAACAUUCGGUCAGCUGACAAUUUACGCAGCCAAUCAAACCAUGAUUCAAAGAUAUCUCGCCAUUAAAGAAAUAAAAAAUUCCCAAAGGGCAUUGUACCUCAGUUUGCCGCUGACCGUGAUUUUGUCCACAGUGGUUUGUAUGGUCGGACUUGUGAUAUAUGCCACAUACCACGAAUGUGACCCGUACUUGCUUGGUCAGGUACAUGCCAGAGAUCAGUUGUUGCCUUUCAUGGUGAUGGAUAGGUUGACUUUCUUACCGGGACUACCAGGGUUGUUUGUAGCUUGUCUGUUUAGUGCAUCUCUAAGUUCAAUUUCAUCCGGGCUGAAUGCUCUCGCCAUUGUCAUUCUGGAGGACAUAUUGAAAUCAUACUGGGAGAGAACAGAUUCAGCACCAUCUGGCAAAAUUCAGACCAGAUUAGCCAAAAUACUAGGCUUUGUAGCAGGCGGUUGGGUCAUAGGCAUCGCUUUUAUUGCUCAGUACCUCGGACAAACUGUUUUACAGAUUAUGUUGAGUAUAUUUGGAAUGGUGGGUGGACCGCUGCUCGGCCUCUUCAUUUCUGGAAUAUUUUUCCCUUUCAUUAACGCACCAGGAGCUCUUUGUGGUCUGAUCUUAAGUGCGGUCCUAACGUUUUGGGUGGGCGUUGGUGGUACAGUGUUACUUCCUGUUCCGCCGGUUACAGGAGUAAGCACCGCUAAGUGUGAUAUGUAUCCUAAAAACUGCAAUGGUACCGUAUUCAAUUCCACGAAUCUGAACUUUACAUCCACACCCAUGGUGACCACUAUGAAUACCGCUGCUAUGGAAACGACGAUAGGCACAGAAGCGACACAGUCAUUGGACGACUAUUUAUGGAUAUACAGAUUGUCAUAUUUAUAUUAUGCUUUAUUUGCGGUGAUAAUCUCGCUACUUACUGGCAUAAUUGUAACCGCCAUUUCAAAUAGAUUUACAGAUAUGAACACACCUGAUGAUAUUGAAGCAAAGUACGUUCACAGGUGGGUCGAUCGGGUCUUUUGUUAUUUACCUCUUGGAUGCCAAAAGGUCAACAGACUUCAAAAAUGGAAACAGAGUGAUAUACCCACGAUUUCUGGAGAUUUUCAUGACAACCCAAUAGCAGCUGACAUUGAGCUGGAUGAACGAAAAACUUAUAGAAAUGGAGCAUCAUACUCUGUGUCGGACACAAAUAACGGGACUCGCCUAUAACGAGCUCUCCAUUCUCUGCACAUACAUGCAGGUGCAAGGAACAAAGAAUCAUGUUAGUGCGGCUGUGAAAUGAUAAAUGAUGGAUUACAUACAUGUACAUGUAUUUAACUUUAUCGUGAAAAUCAAUAAUUGCAAUGCUGUGGAAGAUCUGAAUGCGUAUAUUGUACAAAGUGAUGAACCUUUUGAAAAUAUUCUGUAAUAGAAAUGUCAUUGGGUAAUUUCCACGAGAAUUAAAAAAAUAUCAGGGAUUUUUUUAAAUAUCA